AUGGCAUACAUCAUAAAAGAGUUGGAAAUCGAAGAUGUUAAAGGAUUAGAAAAAAUAUUUAAACGAGAGAAGAAUAAAUCCUCUUCUUUUUCGGAAAAUCAAAAUAACAAAAAUUUCAUGAACGCGCUAGGUUCAGCUUUGGUACACUAUGGUUAUGGCAAAGAUGCGUUAUUGAGUGUUGAUGAUCAAGCAUUCAUAUCGACUACGCGAGAUAAAAGUAUGAUCUCAGCUGUGACUUCUUUAGGAAUUUUGAACGCUUAUAAAAUUGAGGAAGGAAUUGCCAUUUUAGACAGGUUUCAGUACUCUGAACUGCCGGCUGCUAAAGCUGGUUCUUGUCUAGGUUUUGGACUUUUAUUUUCCAAUAUGAAAGACGAAUUUGAAACGGCUUUAAAUCUUAUCUGUCCGUCUCUUGAUUCUCCUAACUUAGACGAAAUAGCUAAUGCUUGUUUGAGUUUGGGAUUUGUAUACAUGGGUACUCAAAAAGCGGAAAUAGUUCAAUUAUUCUAUCCUAUAAUACUUGCUUAUUCUGAACCAAAUCGAAUAAUAAUUAUCACAUUUUCAAACCACUUCCUUCAGCUCGACAAUGUGUUUGCGAAGCGAGCCAUCCCGAUAGGAUUGAGCUUAACAUUUGCUUCAAACCCAAAUCCAUUUGUUCUUGACAUUCUAGCUAAGCUAACUCGUAACGAAGAUGGCCACAUAGCUAUAAACUCUAUCAUCGCAAUUGGAAUUGUAGCUGCAGGAACUAAUAACGUUCGAGCGAUGAACAUUUUAGUAGCUCUGACUUCAUAUUACUCAAACGACCCCAAUGCAAUAUUAUCCAUUGAAUUUGCUCAAGCUUUGAUAUAUAGUGGAAAGGGUUUGUUGACUGCUUCGCCGCUAAACGAAUACAAUGGGCUCAUUAACGAACGAAGAUUGGCUUUUCUUCUAGUAUUUUUAGUUCAAAUCAUGAUGCACAAAGAAGGAAUGCUCACGAAUAAACUACGCGAGCUUUUUUUCACAAUAAUCCCUUCUUUGUAUCCACGAUGGUUGAUAACGCUCGAUUCUGACCUUAAACCAACACCGGUUUCUGUAAGAAUAGGUAAACCGUUGGACACUGCAGGUAUGCCUGGAAAACCCAAAGUAAUCUCAAGCUUUUAUUCGCAUCAGGCGCCAGUAAUUCUGCAGCAGACUGAAGCUGCUGAGUUAAACACGGGUGAAUACCAGCUGUUUGCUCAUACGUUGACUGGUAUCGUUUUGUCGAGAAAAACCCCUCCUCAUCAACUCAAAGAAGCAAACCACGUAGUUGAAAUCUAA